UCUUGUGCUGUGAGAAUGCAGACUAAAUCAUUUAGCGUGCUGAUAGUCUUCCAUUGUCUUUUCUCAGUUUCCUCCGGUGUGCCAAGGAAGACGAAUAAACUCUCCCACAGUUCAUUGGGAAAGAAUCGGUUGCGCAGUUUACUGCAGCACAGAGAACUAUGGGACGUAUCUCCAGAAAGUCCUGAUGAUGCAUAUGAGGGAGUGCACCAUAACUUGGCAAAACCAAAUAGGAAGUUGACAUUCCUAUACCUGGCCAAUGAUGUCAUUCAGAACAGCAAAAGGAAAGGACCAGAAUUUACAAAAGACUUUGCACCAGUUAUAGUUGAGGCCUUUAAGCAUGUUUCAAGUGAGUCUGAUGAGAGUUGUAAGAAGCACCUUGGCCGCGUGCUCUCUAUUUGGGAAGAAAGGUCUGUUUAUGAAAAUGACGUAUUGGAACAACUUAGGCAAGCUUUGUAUGGUGACAGAAAGGCCAGGAAGCGCACAUUUGAACAGAUAAAAGUUGAUGAAAAUAACUGUUCAGCACAAAGUUCUCCAAGUGACCCUCCACAGACUACAGAUGUCAUUAGAGCAUUACAAGAACUAGAAAAUGCAGCCUCUGGGGAUGAAGCAGUUCAUCAGAGGAUCGCUUCAUUGCCUGUAGAGGUCCAAGAUGUGUCCUUACUAGACAGAAUAACAGAUAAGGAAUCUGGAGAACAGCUUUCCAAGAUGGUAGAUGAUGCUUGUAUGGUACUGGCGGAUUACAAUGGCAGGUUGGCGGCUGAAAUAGAUGAUAGAAAACAAUUAACUCGAAUGUUAUCAGACUUUCUGCUAUGUCAAAAAGAAGUCCUUGCAGAAAAAGAGCAUAAGUUGGAAGAAUACAAGCGCAAGUUAGCCAGAGUAUCCCAGGUGCGAAAAGAACUCAGGUCACGCAUCCAGAACCUUCCUGAUCUGUCUCGACUUCCCAAUGUCACAGGCAGUCAUGUGCACCUACCAUUUGCUGGAGACAUCUACAGUGAUGAUUGAUUAUAAGAACCUCUAUUUCUAUAGCCUCUGCUCUUCUGUGGAGUGAGGGGUAGGUCAGACUGAUUGAUAGUCUUGUAGUAUUAUUUUUGUACAUUGUUGGAGAGUGGUGGUAAAAAAAAAAUAGCUCCAAAUAAUUUAUAAGAAUUGUUUAAAAUAUUGGUUUGUUUACUGUUCUAUUGGCAAGUGAACAUAUAGGUACAUUUAUAGAAGGUGGCACUGUAUAUUAUUACGUUAAAGAAUGAGUAAUUAUCUUAAAAUAUUCUUAUCUUUUGUACAGAUUUUGAUCAGGUGCCCUGUAAGAAACUGAUAAGUUUCCACUUUAUUUUUUUCAUGCACCCUCUACUCAAUGUAGUUCACUGUAUAAUCAAAGUAUACAUUUAAGUUGCCACAUUUCAAUGGCUAGUGAGAUAAUGGAACAUUACGGAAAUCACAAUCUGAUGUUUACAAGGAGACUACUACAAUUUAUUUUUAUGUGGAGAGUGAUGUUACUGGUUAUUUAUUAAGUUAAUUUACUCACCCCCAAAUAAAACUGCUGCUUUAUUUUAAAGUAAAUGUCAUUAACCAGCUUUGAAAGUGGAAAAUAUAAAUCAUGUUAAAUUGAACAUCUUAAGUGACUCAAAAUUGUGCAUAAUUUUAAUAUUUAAAAGUACACAUUAAAAAUACUGAAUAAAAACUACACAUAUUAAUUAGUAGAAUAGAAAUGCUUUUUUUGCUGACAACUUGGUUUGUAAAUUGAAGGCCCACUUCUUUGUACAAUAACCCCUUUCUGCCACAUCUGUCUCCACUAACAAACCUGAUCCCAGAAGUGGGAAAUCAUUCCACAGCUUUAACUAUAGUAUACAGUGGUUACUCAGGACCAUACCUAUUUUUAAAUGGCCAUUAUUAAAAUCUGAAUGUACUCAAGUACCAUUUUACUUAUACAGCAUGAUGAUACCACAAGUAGGAUUUUGUUGUCUGUGGAAACUUUGGGUCAAAGCAUCCUCUCCCAUGGAGAAGGAAACCUGUCUAAAGAGGCAAAUGAGCACCACAGGUCCCCUGUCUCUAAGCCUCCCAGUAAACAUCUUCUAGAUCUUCGUCUCCUUUUCUUACAAGGAGGGGACUUUCUCCCAAAAAAUCUAGGCCACCGUGUGUAUUAAACUGCAGAAAAAUGUUGCUGAACGUGUGUUCAAAAACAAACUCUAUCACUGUAUAAAUGUGAUAUUUGUAUAUGAGUAACUAAACUUAUGAAAAUAAAGUUGUUUACCUCUUGCCUUUUUGAAAACACUAUGAGGCAGAUGUUUAAGGGUAUUUAGGAGCCUCAAGAUGCAGCUAGAUGCCUAGUGGGAUUUUCAAAAGUGCCUUACUUGCCAUUAAUAGGAGUUAAACACCUAGGUGCUUUUGAAAAUCCCACUAAGCUCCUAGCUGCAUCCAUAGGCCCCUAAAUACCCUUGAAUAUCUGAUCUCAAGUGUUUGAGUUUGUUUUACCGUGUGAGACUUUAUUAAGUGUUUUAGCAAGAGAUUUGCCUAGAGAAGCUCUUUCAUUGUAAACAUUCAUAGCAAUAUUAACAAAUAUCCACCUUUACUCAUACUUGUCAUUCACACUAAAACGUUUUACAUCAGUGUAAGCAAAAAUAAAGUUUAGAGCCAAUUAACACAGUACCCCCCCGCACCCCCCGCCCAUUACAUACGUUAAAACAGCAGUUUUUAAAAUAAAAUAGACUGAGAUGACUCAGUAUAGUCCUGGAGUGAAAUCCUGGUCCUACUGAAGUCAGUGAAAGUUUUGCCAUUUACUUCAGUAGGUCCAGGCCCUGGAAUAUUUGUUAACUAUCAGCAGGAUAUAACAGCCUUUUUUUUAAAAAAAAUUCAUAUUUGGACACAAGCACAUACAGUCAGAUUUUCCUCUUUUGCAAAAAAUACCGCAAGUGGGCUGUAGUGAGAUGGAAAAACCUAUGGAGUGAAAUUACAGGGUUUCUGCACAGCAUCAUUACUUUAGAAUAGGGUUUGGCGGCCCACAGAGGGUCUCAGAUAGUUUGGACUUUCACCCAUGGAUUUUGCUACAUCUGAAGGUAACAAAGAAAUUGGGUAUUUACAAAGAGGGCCAGACUCUACAUGAUAUUUCCUGGGACUAUUCCUAUCCUCCCUAACAAUAUACCGUCUAGACUGCUGCUGGCGCAGCAUCUCAACCCACACCUGGUUCCAAAACACUCCAAGUCCCUCUCAGGUUUACAUGCAGGAAGAAGGAACCUCCGAUAAUUAAAUGUGACAGGAUCAACAUUCAUUUUUGCACACUUUACCCUAUAAUUUGCAAGAAGACAAUACUAUGCAGAGUUGUUUUCAUUGGGAGUUUCCCACCCAAAAACCAGAUUAAGGGGUGGGAAGAUGCUUGAUGGUCUGAGCUCACCAGCCGUCAACAGAUUUAUAGCCAUUGAGUGGGCUUUCUACUCUUUUUAUCAUUCCACAGUGAAAAAACCGAGUGGGAAGGAUAUGGACCAUAAUUAGAACAAAGGAAAAUAGGUAUGUUUUCUUAAGCAGAGUCAGGUAUGUAAAAAAUAUCCAUAGUCAUCUUUUCAAAAGUUGAAGACUAUUUGAAAACUUAGACCUACAUUAAGACUUUCAUGGUUUAAAUGUGUUCUAAUCCAUUAAAAAUGUAGCUGUAUGAAUGUGUAUGUACACACACAUUAUUGCUGGAAACAGGAACUCUCCUUUUGUAAAGCAUAGUACAAAAUUUCUUAUAAAUUAAAACCAAAAAUCAAAUCAAUUAUUUCAUGAAUCAUAAAUGCACAGAACAAAUCAGUAGUCUCAAUCCGUUCCAAAGCCGGGGGACAGCUGCCGCCAUUGAAGUCACUAGGUGUAGAGAUCUACUGGUGUAGAGUUCAUUGUAAGGUCAAAGCCUGGAUUUUUAAAAUAUUUUGUUGUAAAAAGUUUAAACAUUCAUUCCUUCUCCACUUGCCUGAUUCAGAGAGAGGGCAGAAAUCAAUGUGUAAAAGUCAAGGAAAAUCGGCAUUCAACUCCUCAAGGAGAGAGAGAAAGGUAGACACUGACUGCACUCUCUUGUUCUCUUCUUAAGUUUUAGUAAUAUUGUUGAGUAUUUAUAGAUGUAUAUUUAGAAGUAGUUAAAGAUAAGAUUUAGGAAAAAUAUAUUGAAAAAAAAUCAGACUUUUCCUUGAGAUGAACGUUAAUUUUGAUAUAAUUUUAAAGUGAAAGUUUGAGAACUAUACUUUUCCUUGGAUAAAAUUUGCUGUAUCUCACUGUUAAUGUUUUUACCUCACGGAACUUUUACUUCUGCAGUGUGCUUUGUUUGUUUGGGCUUUUAACAGCCACUCAAAAUUAGUUUGAAAACAAAUUUGUUUGUCACUAAAAGUAUCUCAUGGUAGUGGAUAAAUGGUGCCCCAACUGUCUGUUUUCUAUGGGAGUCACAUCACAAUAUCAAUGAAUUUUAAGGUUUAAUACUGUAACACCAUUCCCAGAUUCACUGGAGGACACAUACUACUAUACAGUAAGACACAACAGCAACCCCAUAGGGUUGGCAGGUAUCCUUAAGUUAAGUUUGUCAGGUACCAAAAUGUAGCAUAUAUACCUGUGCACAGGAUUGUUCCCAGGUAGAUAAAAUGAGGUGUAGUCACCUAAUCUGGAUAAAGUUGUAUUUUGGUAAUGUGACACAAUUGCACUGAAAUCCAAAUCACCUGCCCCAAAGAAAGGUGGAUACUAGAUGCAAAUUUUUUUAGCUCAACAAAUGUUACACCUUGAAGCGGUUUCUAAUAAUAAAAAAUUAGAUCCUUCAGGUGAGAGAGACACAUUUAUGUACUCAGCUAUAUUCUAUAGUUAUCAGUUUUUAGUGAAAAAGCAUGGACGUAAUCCUGCAGCCCUUAUCAUAUGAAUAAUACCUACUUGCAGGUAAUUUUGCUGGUCUCAUGAAGUCAUGACUUUGAAGAUAAAGCCAUAUAGUUGUAAAACUUUAU